GGUUUAGGCCUGUUGUUCUGUCAGCCGUCAUAUUUGAAUAUACGAAACAGAAACAAGUACCUACGUAAAGUCAGAAAAAUAGCGCGAUAACGACCUUUUUUGUCGUUUUGAUGUCUUUUUUAUAUAAAUUUAAAUACAAUGGUUGAAAAUAAAAAUGAUGCAUUGUUACAAAUUUCCGUCCCACUAAAUUGUGUUGAAGAUUCAGAAUUAUCAAAAUUUGAAAGUAAAAAUGGGAAUGAGGACUUAAACACAAACCGUUUCAGAGUGACCUGCCUAGAAAAUCCGCCUAGAAAAAAGAGCGACGAGUUCUUAAAUAAAAAUAUAAUUGAGGAAGGUUUAGCAUUUUCAGAUUCAGAUAAUGAAGCAAAAAUAUUGUUAGUUCAAGAUGAAUGUGACGAUGACAACCAAAUAGAAGCUAAACAUGAAAAUUCUAAAAACGAAAGUGUGGCGUCAAUAUUAAGGUCAGUGGUGUCCGAUGAAGAACAAAGUUGUUCAUUAAAUAUGUUUAGUGAGCCUGUAGUACAACCUAGAAAAUAUGCGAUCGUUGACACAGAAUCUGAAAAUGAAACUAAACCCGACAAUGGAGUUUAUGAUUUCCAUUGUUCAAGCGAUGAAGAAACUAAAAACACAACGAAAAAAAAGAAUAAAGCGAGUUUAAGUCCAAAUAAAAAGGCAAUGAGAAAAUCGGCAAAGAUUGCAAUGGAAACAAUAAAUUCUAUAAAAAGCGAAACACAAAGAUUACAUAGGGAGAAUAAUGUCAAUGUGCCCUAUCACGAACCUAAAAAAUGUAGUUUAAAAGAAUUUAUGUCUAGAAAAACUGUACUUAAACCCAAUACAGAAGCAAAAUUUUGCCAUGAUUUUUCCUUAAAAAUGGAUAAAGAACAAUUAGAACGUUAUUCACAAUAUUUAAAAAAACGUGAAGAGGAAGCAGAGAAACUUUUCAAUGAUACUUCAUGUAAAGAAAUUGUAGAAUCUUUUGAAGUAAAUUCAAAAGGCAAAAGUAUGGAUCAGAAAACUUCUAAGGAUAUAUAUAGUAAAGAUUGUGAUGAUAUAAAUAUUUCGAAUGAAAAUAAUAAAGUUCUAACUGAAAAUCUCUUGGGGCAUGAAAAUUUAGCUGUUGAUAAUUCUAUUCCAUCGAAAAAUUUAUUAGCUUCAUCGCCAGAAGGAUAUGAAGAAAAUUUUAGUUAUCAAAAUUCAAGUCUUGAAAAUAUUGGAGAUAAACAGAUUGAAAAACCAAAAAUUCAGAUUAUAUCCAAUGUUCAAAUUUCACCAGCAGUUGCAAUAACGCCCAGAGAAGUUGUGAAGCAAUUAAAGCAACUUGUUACUAAAGAAGCGAUAAGUUCAAAUAUAUGCCCAAAGUUAACUGGAAGUCCUUCUUCUAUAAUUGAUUUGGAAAGUGGAAAAAUAUCAGUUCCUGAAAAAAGAUUGAGUUGUGUCGAUAAGCUAUUCCAAAAUUACCCAGACUCGAAUUAUAAAAAAAAACUUUUAAAAAGUCAUAACGAAAGUGAGGGUGUGUUAAGUUUCAGUGAAUUUAAAACAGAUAAUGGGCCAGGAUCUAACUACUUGAAAUUGAAAAACAAUUUAAUGCGACAAAUAAGGGAACGAAGAAAAAUUGAUAUUGACAAGAAAAUAAAACAUUAUAGGGAGGAAGAGGAGAUAACGCAUAAAAUUUUUGAGGAAGAAGUUGAUGACGUGGAAUGCACUAAUUCGCCAGAAAAUGAUUUAGACGAACAUAAAUACAGUUUUCUGGAUGAUAAUGUCACUGAAGAUGAAGCUGAUGAUGAAAGUGACGGAAAUGACAAUGUUGAAAAGCGACAAAAACGACGGGAGAACAAAAGAAAAAUUGCAAAGUUCGCUGAAACCAGCUCAGAAGACGACGAAAAUAAUGAAAAUAUUAAUUUUUCCCUUAAAUAUCCCUUAGAAGAAACAGAAGUUGAAAAUCCUGAACUAGCCAAAUUUAAAAUGCCUCAAAACAAAGUUGCAGAAGAAUUAUUCGAUAUGGAAAAUGAUCAGCUCGAUAAUGAUGAGGAACUUCUAGAAUUAUGUUCUGGUAGCUUCGGAAAAACACAGAUUAAAACACAAGUUCGAAGUUUGAAUGACUUAGACCCUCAUAAAAAUAAAAUUAAAUUUACUGAACAAAAAGCCGUGUCAAUAAAAAAUAAAGAAGUGCUCUCUCAGAAUAUUGAUUUUAGUGACUCGUCAGAAGAAGAAGUUUUAUCUACAAGAAAUCUUAUGAACAAUAAAAAGAAAAAUACAAUAUCAUAUUCGGACGAAGAAGAUAUUCAAAAUACUAAAGCACAACAGGUAUGUUAUCCAAAUCUGGAUGAAGAUGAGUCGAUCGCUACAUUUAUAGAUUAUGAUUCGGAAGAAAAUGAAAUUAGAGUUGAAAUGACUAAAAGAGAUAUAGAUAAAAAGGCUAAUGAAUUUUUCGAAAAUGAAGCCGAACUUUCAGAAUCUGACUGGGGCUCAGCCGAUGAAGAUGAAAGAAAUCUUGACAUGUAUGAUGCUGAAUUGGGAGACGAAGAUGAAUUUGAUGAAGAAAAAUUAAAAGAUGAAGUGGGACGAAUACAUAUGCGAAAAAUUUUAGAUGAGGAUGCUCGUCAAGUUAAAAAAAUGCAGGAAUUUUUUUUUGAAGAUGAAGAAAAUGACGGUAUAGGAAGGCAAAGACAGUUCCGUUGGAAAAAAGCAGAGACUACUUUUAAUAUUGAUGAUGCCAAACAAGAAAUUCUUGCGGAAACCGGUGCCAUAGAUAGCUGUGAAGAAGAUGAUGAAGAAGUGUGGAGGAAAAUGAAACAUGAAAGGGAAGUACUUUUAAAAGAUAGGCUAGAAUCUAUUACUUCGCCGUCUUUUAAAACUGAUGACAAAAAUAAUUUCGAAGAUUUCGCAGAAAAAACUGUCGUAUUAACUAAACCCUCAGCUACACUAAUCGCAAAAACAAAUUUUAAAAGUGAAUCAGAAAACAAAAAUGAUUCAGCGUUUUUGAUAUCCAAAUCUUCAACUCACUGUAUAAGAGGUUCUUUUUUAAAAAGAGGGGGAGACAUGCUUACAAAAAUGGCCAGUAUAACUUCGCAUGUCUCAGAAUUUGAUGGAAUUUCGAAUGUACAAAGUCAUACUGGGAAGAAUAAAAAUUUUAUUUUUUCUAUUUUAACUGAAAAAAACAAUGAAAAUAUGAAAAGGAAAUCAGUUUUGAACAUAGAUUCCGGCAAAGCAAAAAAACUUAAACUGCAAUCUGGAAGUGCCCAUAAAACUAAGAAAAGCUUAAUUGAUCAUUUGGACGAGAGUUAAAUUUAAUAUUGUUUUUAAUUAAUGCCUUAUAAUACAUAAAUGUAACUUAUUAUUAUAAAUUAUAUGAAAAUGUUCAAAUUUUUACAAUUGCAUAUUAUAUUUUAUAAUAACAAUGUUAGAUUUGUGUAGUUUUUAAGUUUAAGCCAAUUAAAAUUCUAAUAACUUAGUAUCAAUUUUAAA